AAUACGAACAGUUGUUGUGAUUUUGCGGCUGUGAAAAGUCAUGUUCGUAGCGGACCGCUGGGGAAAACAGCGGAUUCGUAAUGUAGUGCAAGUGGAAGGGAAUGCGGUAAAAAUGUAGAUUUUCAUGGGAUUGAAUAGAAUAGUGUGUUUUACUGAACUAAUUUAAUGACAUUACAUACAUACAGAUGUAUACAUAUAUUAAAAUUACUAUUGAUGCACUUUGAGAGAUAAGGCAAUUGGAAAAUUGUAUGCAUGAAAUAAUAAAAAAAUAUUGUUACAUUUAUCACUAUGAAAGCAAAAUUGCGCUACUAUCAGCUACGCUGAUGCGAGAAUUUACAUACACACCUACAUCGGAAUAAAUUUUCUACUUUAUCGAACGGGUUUUUAGUCUUCUUGUAAUGUAUGGAUAAUUAUAAAUGCAAUAAAAACAUACACAGCCAAUACGAAAGUAAAUGCAAGAAAAUUACAAAAAGUAGACAGUUGCGCCAUUCCUUUGUCGUCUAAGUAUACGCGCUGUUCAUAUUGCCGACAGUUUGUACCAAACGAAAAAAAAUAUAACAUACUAAAAAGCAGCGAUAACGAAAACAAAUACGACGCCCGAUUUAGUGACAAUUGUUACAGCUCCAGCGGUGCGUGCGUGAACAACAGCAACAAAAUAUAAUAAAGACUGACAAGAUGCAAGGUGUGAAGCGUGUGGUGGUAUUCUGCAUACUGAUCGUCAUACUGCCCGCCACACUGAUAAUCAUACCCCUCUACCUACGCCGCACAGUCUUCGCAGACGUUGUUUAUCCCGUCGCCGAGUCAGACAUCAUUGAGAUACGCGACGGCUUAUCAUCGAUCUUCUGUCAGCAACAUUCACUACGCAUGAAUUCAAACUUCAACGCAUUUCAAUUGCGCAGCAAACCCGAAGUUUCCACAAAUCGUAAACAUAUACGUCUAAAGAAGUCAAUGACGUUGCCCGACGAUACGCUAGAGUAUUGGGGCUUCUAUCUGCUAAAGGGUGCCAGAGUGCAUCUAAAGUUUUGCUCACGCUAUGACGGCUCGCGUAUCCUGGUAGUAAAGGGACAACGCAAUUUAAACACCUGCGGACUGCUUGAUCACAAUCAAAAUAAAUUAGGCGCAAAUUUUGCGCAGGGUCACGAACAGGUGAAAGUCUUCUUCGAGGAUAUUAAGGAAAUGGCAGACGUUGUGCCAGUGGACGAGGCUACUGCUGAUAAGAAGCCAGUCGAUAUUAAUAUGGAGGAGGAAAAUCAUGGUGCUGAGGAUUCUAGUGAAGAUGCAGAAGAGGAGUCAUUUCAGCGCGCUAAGGUUGCAGCACACAUGGCAGCCGCAGCGGCGCUGGUGAUGCCACCGCAACUUGCAAGUAAUAUAACAACUAUACCUACGUUAAAACCAGCAAAAAUACGUGGAAAGAAGUUGAAAAAAGGCUCGAUAAGUUCAAUGCGCAAUCGCCGAUUACCUUCAAGUGCCCCCAUGCAUGCCACAACGCACACACCGGCAAAGAGCUCAGCGGGAGCAUCAAAUGAAAGUAAGGAUAGAUAUCGUCGACGCAGAAGUCAUUCGAAUGUCGCUGCUACAGCAGAUACGUCACACUUGAAACAAAAACACCAGGUGGCGGAACAUCGGAAACAAGAAGUCUAUGAUCAAUUGUACAAGCGACGGCGGACAAAACGUGAGCAUGUCUACGAUCGUAAAUACAGUCAUGGCGGCAAUGCUGUUAAUUUUACCAUCACUGAUGAAUCGAACUCGGUUUCAAGCUUUGAAACUGGACUUUUUAACUGCUACAAUGGUGCCAUAUUACUAGCCGAAGGAUUCCCACCCUCAGCGAAAUGCGUCAAUGCGCAUUUCCUAGAGAAUGGGUCCCAUCGCAUGCUCUCUAAGCAUGAAAUAAACGAAGAUGGUUACUACUAUUAUAUUUUUUAUAGUGACAACGAUCUGGUGCGCAAUGACAUUCACGCCAUUUUCGAUAUUUACAAACCAACCUUUCAAUACUCCAACUUGAGCGAUUUGACGGGUUGUGUGAAUGCGACGAAUUGCACGUUUCCCAUUGGAUUUCUUUCCGAUGAAAUUGUAGUAGUGGAAGUGCCCACGCGUGAUGGCAUCGAGCAUGAAGAGGACGACAUCACUUACCUAAUCUCAACGUGUCAUCCGCGCACGGCAGUCUACGCGAUUUUUCCUAUUGCGGUGCUAAUAUUAAUAUUGAGUUGUUCAUUUUUAUAGAAGAGACGAGGGGCAACCAACUGGCCCAAAACAUAUUCGAACGGGUGACGCUUAAACUUAAUUUAGCUAAUUUUUUUUGUAAAUUAUAAAACAUAAACGUAAAAUAAUGAUAGAAGAGUACACUUGAAUUAAAAUAAAUAAUUUUAUACAAAUCGAAAAAUAUGGAAUGUAAUAAGUCAUCAUUAGAUUGAAGGCUUAUCUACACAUCGGCCAUAUGAGUGCGCAAAAUGCAUUGAUGAAUUCGAGAGAACAAAAACAAAUAAAUAAGUAUGUCGUAAAAAAUCAUAGAUUUAAAUUGACUGUAUUUUUCGAACAAUUUUUAAAAUAGUUUUUAAAAUGUGUGCAUUGUAUUUUUUAACUAAUUUUAUACUUAUGCAUAUAAUUGUAACUGUAUGUUUGGAGGAACACAGAUAAUAAUUAUAUUAGUGAUGCGGCGUUUCGCUUUAUGUAUAAAAA